GAGCCGCUCCGCUCUCGCGAGACCCCUCCGACAAGAUGGCGGCGUGGUCUAGCCGCUGAGAGGAGCGGCAGGUGGAAGGCGGUUCGGAAGGAGCGCGGAGCCCCCUCGGCCUGCGGGGAGUCCCUGGGCGGCGGGCGGCGAGUGUGGGCGGCGGGAAGGGGGGAUGCUGCAGCCCGGAAGAGACCCUCCGCCGCGGCUCUGAGCUCGCCGAGCCCCCCGCGGCAGCGACUGCGGCGCCGCUUCUCCCCGCCGGGGCCCCCCAGCGCCCGGGGCCGCCGCUGGCGAUGACCGGAGAGAAGCUGCGCUCGCUGCGCAGGGACCACAAGCCCAGCAAGGAGGACGGGGACCUGCUGGCGCCCGGAGAGGAAGAGGCGGCGGCCGCGCCAGGCAGCGGCGGCGGGGGAGCCUUCACCGGGGGCCGGCCGGGGGCCGGCAAAAGCGGCCGCGCCGGGAGCCACCGCAUCUUCACCACCAACCACCACCGGCUGCCGCUCAAGGGGGGAACCGGCGGGUCCGCCGCCGCCGAGCCGGACAAGGGCCCGUCGGCGCAGUUCCCCGUGCACGAGUGCGUCUUCAAGGGGGACGUCAGGCGGCUGUCGGCUCUGAUCCGCACGCAGGGCAUCGGCCAGAAGGACAGCCACGGUAAGCGGCAGGGCUCGCCCGGCCACCCUGGGAGAAGGUCGAGCAUCCCUGGGCCUCCCCGGAGAUAAGGACAUCCUGCUGCCCGGUCUCUCGAGCUCCGUUUUGUCCCCAGCGCGCUAUGUGUCUAACGCCCCCGUUAUAGGCGCCUUGAGUUUCCACCUCCGCUGGUCAUUGCCCUUAUUACGUGUUUUUCGGCACUGCAUCUCCCCACCCGAUCUUUUCUGCAGUGGCGGGGGACGGCUGCGCACCGGCAUGCUACCGGUUAAACCUCUCUAUCCGUGAUCACCUUAACCUAGAUGCGGAUCGACCUGAGAUCUCUCUUCACCUCCCUUGGCAUCUGUGUCUGCUUUUACGCUUGGGCAUCUCAUGCCCUAAACCGAUCCUGACCCAGUAAAGAAGCUUUAGUUCGGAAAGGCUUCUGGAGCGUCUUGUCUAAUGAGGAGUGGGGUGGGGAUGUUAAUAAGCGUGUUUUAAAAAGCAGGAAGUAAGUGACAGAACUACUGCUAUCCCAGUUUUGGAUUGUGAUAAGAAACACUGAUGAGACCUGUGUAUGUAUAUAUGCACACGUAUGCUUGUGUAACACACUUUAGAGAGGAAUUGGCUCCUGUGUUGAUUUCUAAAUUGCCUACAGGAAUGCUGAUGGGGCAGUGUACUUCCUGAACUUGAAAAACAUAUUAUGCUUUUAUUUUAUCCAGUGGAAAUUAGAGUAAAGGUUGACGACUCACUUAGUCAUUGGCUAGCCGAAUGAAUACAAUUUUCCUGCCUUUGAAGGCGGAACCGGAGGAAUUAAUUUUUCAUGUAAACAAAACAGCUAAUGUGUAUAAGAUCUCUCCUUUCUCUCAGAGUGGAUGUACCAAUCAAAAGUGCAGACAUGGUUAUUUUCCCCUAUUUGUGAUGAUUCUGAUUCUUGUACAGGCCUGUGUGACUCUAAUAAUAUACUUUGAAGUAUCAUGUUAGUUCUGAAGUAGGAAUGAACACUUUCUGAUCUGAAACAGUUGUAGUCAACCAUGGUUGUUAGCAGAAAUGCUUCCUUUACUAAGAGAUGCCCAAUGUGCAAAUAGUGUUAUUUGGGGAGGCUCUUCUGCUGCGAUUAGAUGCACCCUUGGAAGUACUACCUGUUGAAUUCAGUGUAUUCUGAGUUAUAUUGGAGUACAUGCAAUCUCUUCUCUCUCUGCCCAUUGGAAGGACCUUAAUAUAAAACAAGGUUGAGGAACUUUUGGCUCUCUAAAUGUUUCUGAACUACAACUCCCACCAACCCCAGCAAGCAUGGCCAGUGGCCAGAGAUGAUGGGACAUAGUUCAGCAAUAUCUGGAAAGCCAGAGGUUCCCCACACGUGGUAGGAACAUCUCUCUUCUGAAGAUAGAAAACUGCCUUUCUGGAAAUUAGUCACUAUUACUCAGUGGUUUGAUUUUCCAGGAGAAUAAUUGUUAUGCCACCUACAGUUUUACCUACAGCCAUGAAUUUGUACUUCAGCCAGUUUUUAAUGCCUACUAGAUCUAAAGGGUAUGCUUAAUUUUAGUUGCAUUUAUUUCUGUGAGAAGUUGCUAUGAGUCUUCGAGAUUCUUCUUGUUAUUUUUACUUUGAUCUUUUUAUCUGGUAGAACUUUGUGUAAUUUACUAAAUGUCAUAUCAAUCCACUGGAAUUUUCUUAAUGGAAAGAGUUAUAUUUAUUGUUCAGUCCUAGAUCCACUUACCUGAAAGUAAGCCUCACUAAAUUCAAUGGGAUUUACAUCUGAGUAGAUGUAGGAUUGAGGUAUUAGCCUUUUAUUAUGGAGCAUUAUUAAUUCAAACUGGUCCAAAUAAUUAUAAGAUUUCCAGUGAGCAAGAACUAAGUUGUAAACUAAUUUUAAAAACGGGCAUAGCUACCAUUUUCUGUAUUUGUUUAUUUCAGUUUGUGGCUAAAUAACACACUUCUGUUGAAAAGUUGUCAUAAUGCAAAGUGUGUGUCUUGGAGCUAAGCUAAAUUUAAGAUUGGAAACUAGCUAUCAUUUAUCUCAAAUUUUGAGUUUAAAUCCACAAUAUUAGUUUAGUAAUACAAUAUUAUAAUCUCUUGAUUGAUUAUAACCUCUUGAUUGUAUUAAUAUAACCUCUUGAUUGCUUGCUGUUCCAGCCCGAUUUACUUCAGUAGGGCAAAUACUGGUAUUGUGGUGGCUUAUCUUCUGUCACUGUUAUAGGUUGUCUCCCUGCCAUUUUAAGACUGCUAGUGAGAUCAGUGCAGUGACACAUUCAUGGGCACAUUUUCUUACACCAUGAUGGUAAGGUAGGCAUAGGUUUUGUGUGAUUAACUACAGCUUUGAUCCAUUUCCAAGAAUAAUAUUGGAACCUCAUUAGAACACACUUAAUUCUGUGUCUGACUAGCAGCAUCCAAUUACACUGCCGUGGAUGGUUAUCCAGUCAGCUGAAUUGUAGCUGAGGACAAAGUACAUAGAUUAGAAACUAUUCCUUUACAUCAAAUGCACCCUGGCAUUUUGAGGUCUUUGGUCAGUCAUAUCUCAUUUCUCACAGGGACUAGGGCAGGCAUAUACAAACUUGGCCCUUCAGAUGUUUUGGGACUACCAUCAUCCCUGACCACUGGUCCUGUUAGCUAGGGAUGAUGGGAGUUGUAGUCCCAAAACAUCUGGAGGGGCGAGUUUGCCUAUGCCUGGAAUAGGGAAACAAAGGUGAUUUUCUUUUUCUUUUUAUAAAAAAAUUCCUAGUUUACAAAAAUACGUGCAUUGUCUCUUUUUUUCAAGUUAUGUUUUCUACAGAUCAGUUUCAUUUGUUGUGAGACAUUAGUGUUGCAUGCACAAAGGUGAUUUUCUGUUGGGUAAAAAGCUCAAAUUGGUAUUACAAUGAAGACCAGGCAGUAUGCAUUUUCUUGUUUAGAGUUUUCCCCAGAAAAUUAUGCCCCAGGAUGCCAAAAAAUAAUCGGUUGGAGUUGUAAUGAACUUCAACCUGCCCUUCAGAACAAAAGCUUCACAAUAAAAACAGUUUCAGAACAAAAGAAAGACUGGAUUGUAGUCCAGGAAGCUUGAUAAUCAAAUAGACUAACCUUUUGGUUAGACCAGGGAUGGCUUAAUGGGGUUGAAUCUGACCUGCCUUGUUGUACUAGUGUGUGUUAGAGCAUCUGACAGCCACAGAGAGAGAGAGCUGCAUGUGCAAUGUUUAUAACAGUGCCCUAGGUUAAACAGAUCAGCACUGCUGAGGCUGUGUGCACAAUGAUAUUCCAGCAAAAACUGGCUUCUGAUUUUUAGUCUAUUGCACAUUUUCAUCAAGUAAUUAAAUCUGCAUGUUUCUGUAUUACUAAAAAUAGUCUUAAAGAAAAGUGUUUAUAUGUUCUUAUUUAUAUACAGCAUCUAACAUCUUGUGCAAGGGUUAUAUAUAGAGAGACAGAGGGUUAUAUUCUAGGGGUGGUGUGUAUGCGCAAAAAUAUGUAGUUAAACCACUCCCUUGGAAUCACCCCCAUGCUAGCACUCUUACUUUCUGGAGUUGGUGUGUCAAAUGGGUCUUAAACUCUGCCCCCCUCAACAAGGCAGAAAGCUUUUAAGCUCUUUGCCUUGCUUACUGGGCUCUGGGUGGCUCUUGCAAGAUCACAUGUGUUCCUGUGAAAUCUUCCCAGAGCCUCCCAGAACCUGGUAAGCAAGACAGAGAACUUAAAAGUUUAAGCUCUUCGCCUUCCAUGCAUUUAAUUUGUGCAAAUUCAACUGGCUCGCUGUCAACUGCGUAAAAUCAAAAUCCUGUAAGUUAAAUGUGUCAGUUGCAAAUGACUAUUGUAGUGAGUUUCACUUCAGAAGAGACAUUCCGCCCUAUGUGAGCGAAGGGGAAAUGCAUCUUCUAAGAUGUUGCUUGUCAUUUAUAACUUGUAUGAACAAGUAGACAAUAUUUUAAUAAACUGCUGAUUGAUCAGCGGCACUUUUUAAAUUGAUCAAAAGGUUUUUUAGCCCAUUGCUCUGAUUAAGUGUUACUAUAAUAAUAAUAGUAAUAAUAAUAUAUUACUUAUACCCCGCCCAUCUGGGUUUCCCCAGCCACUCGGGGCGGCUUCCAACAAAAUAUUGUCUAUUAAACAUUAAAAGCUUCCCUAAAUACGGCUGCCUUCAGAUGUCUUCUAAAAGUCUGGUAGUUGCUUUUCUCUUUGACAUCUGGUGCGAGGGCGUUCCACAAGGCGGGUGCCACUACCAAGAAGGCCCUCUGCCUGGUUUCCUGUAACUUGGCUUCUCGCAGAGAGGGACCUGCCAGAGGGCCCUCGGCACUGGACCUCAGUGUCCAGGCAGAACGAUGGGGGUGGAGACGCUCCUUCAGGUGUACUGGACCGAGGCUGUUUAGGGAUUUAAAGGUCAGCACCAACACUUUGAAUUGUGCCUGGAAACGUACUGGGAGCCAAUGUAGGUCUUUCAGUACCAGUGUUAUGUGGUCUCGACAGCUGCUCCCAGUCACCAGUCUAGAUGCUGCAUUCUGGAUUAGUUGGUUACCUUCAAAAGUAGCCCCACAUAGAGUGCAUUGCAGUAGUCCAAGCGAGAGAUAACUAGAGCAUGCACCACACUGGCGAGACAGUCUGCGGGCAGGUAGGGUCUCAGCCUGCGUACCAGAUGGAGCUGAUAAACAGCUGCCCUGGACACAGAAUUGACCUGCGCCUCCAUGGACAGCUGUGUGUCCAAAAUGACUCCCAGGCUGUGCACCUGGUCCUUCAGGGGCACAGUUACCCUAUUCAGGACCAGGAAGUCUUCCACACUUGCCUGCCUCCUGUCACCCCAAAACAGUACUUCUGUCUUGUCAGGAUUCAACUUCAAUCUGUUAGCCGCCAUCCAUCCUCCAGAUACUCACAUAGGACCUUCAGCAUCUUCACUGGUUCUGAAAGAGAGGUAGAGCUCUCUUUGCAACCCAGAUACAAGCUGCCAUCAAUUAUUAUGGAUAUAAUUAACUGGGGGCAGGUUAUUUUAUGUGAUCAUUGAUGGAAUCCCUUCUCAAGGACUAUCACUUGUAAAAUAGAGAUUUCCCGCCUCUCCUCCCCCAGUGCAACCCAGCAGAAACCCAAGAACGGCAUGCAGAGAAGAAGUGGGGAGACAGUUCUGUCUGGCAAUCUACAAUGCUUGUGCAGAUGGCAUGUUCAUCAUAGUGCAGUGUUGGAUACCACCCUUAGGGUGGUAUAAGCGUCCUGCUUAUCUUUUCAUUCUUGUUUGAUUUUUCCAGCCAUUGCAUUUCUUAACUGCCAUAAAAAUAAAAGUUAAGGUUCUGAAGCAGCUGAUUUCUCUGUCCAGUGUGAAUUCUGUUCAAGUAUAUUGCAACAGUACAAUACUCAUAAUUCUGUUUUUACAUAACUGUAAGCUGUUACUGUAAUAUUUUAUAGUAAUUAUGUAUUUUGAGUGACUUAAAGCUCUCUGGUUUUCAUUAAGGUACUUUUAAUAACAUAUCUUGUCUGUAAAACUGGAUCUAUGCAAUGAAUAAAUAAAACAUGCUGUUUAAUUUUUUAUUAGAAUAUAUCCCUUAUGUGUAGUGACCUACAUCCGUCAGUUUUGAUAACAUUGGAGACUUUACAGGCCUUAAUUAAUUUAGAGUGACAGAAUGUCACUUGAUUUCUUUCUUUUUCUUUCCAAUAUUCUUUAAUUAUUCCUGUCCUCUUAAUUGCCCAGGAGUAAAACUGAAGAUUGACCCAAUACAGAUAAUGUAUCAAAGUGAAUUGUCAUGUGAUUUAACUCUGCUUAUUCUUUAUUGUCAAAUUGACAAUAGUAGGUUUGCUAUAUUUAACUCAUAAUUGAUAUUAGGACCAUUUAUCAGCGUGAAACUUGAUGUUUUAUUCAGUCUAAUUACUGAUUUAAAAUCUUCUUUGUUUGUUUAUUCAUUUAAAUAGGAAACACUCCUUUACAUCUGGCUGUGAUGCUGGGGCAUAAAGGUUGGUAAGACUUCAUUUAUAUUUGCUUUUAAAAAAAUGUAUGCAGCAUCAAACGUAGCAACUAGAGCCUCCAGAUCAUAUUUCUCAAAACAAGGAAAAGGGAAUAACAGAGCAAACAAGGGGAGAAUUCACCUUCUCAUAGCUUUCCCUAGAUCAUGGUGGUGGUGGCUGUUGGGAACUGCAGUUAGAUGAAGAAGAAACACAUCUCUUUCACAGAGCCCUUUGUGAAAAUGCAGCCAGUGCUGUUUUACUGUGAGCUGGGGGCAUGGUCACGCUUGUGCUUUUCAGUGCCCUUUGCUUCUGAAUGGCAAGAGCUGCUCAGAAGGUUAUGGGGAGGGGAGUUCCCUUCACAUGUCUACCUUGCCCAGUCCUGAAUCCUUACCAUUGUUACUUUAUUGCGAGGGACAAGAAGGGGCACAGAGAAAAGGGUCUGUAUUGCCCCUUGCUUGUCUUGCAGUGACUUAAGAGAAAAUUCCAAAUAAAUUGGAAUGAAGUAUGGUAGGCAGAGAAGCUAUGAGAUGCUGUUCAGAACUAUCUGCAAAAAGUUCAGAAAAAUUAAUGAAGGCUGCUGCCUUCAUUUCAUUUUCUCCAGGUCCAGUCAAGUUAGGAACCAGGCUAGUCAUAAUAAUUGGUCCUAAAAGCUAGAAUAUUAAUAAUGGAAAUAAUGGAAAAUAUAAUGGAAAAAGACUGGUCCCUCUUUUAAAAUCAACAAAGGCCAUAUCAUAGCUUUUGUAGAACAGGGGACUGUGGACUAUGAGAGAGGCUUUUCCAGAGAGGAUAAAAUAGCUGCUAGCAGGUGCACAAGUGCCUUCAUUCUCUGUUCAAGUCCUACCAGUGCAACAUAAUGCAGUGUACAUUGCUGGCAGAUGUGGAAGCUUCUAACCCUCUGCCUCUCCAGUUACUGAAAUGCCUUUUCAGUAUUAAAUAGGUGUUGGAUAGAAGAUUCUCAGGUUAUUAGAAAUUUGUAACUCAGACCCUGUGGGAUAGCUCAGUCAGAAGAACAUUGGGCAAAAAGAUUCCUGCAUUUGCCAGUUAAGUAAUUUUAGUGGAAAGUUCAUUUGUUAUCCUGAAGGCAUUGCUGUCAUAACCAUCAACACUGAAAGCAGAUAUUCUCUGGGAAUUGAUUCUUGGAUAAGUAGAUCCUAGAAACAAGAACACUGCAGGUGCUUUCCCACGUAACGUCUGCUGUUCCCUUACUGUGAAAGCGGUUGUUCUCCAUUAAUUUCCUUUCCACCCUUUACCCUCAGACUCCAGGAUCAAACUGGUUACUCUAUGAGGCUCAGCUCUGUCUAGAGCCACUACAAUCUGUAUUCUGCACUUAGUACCCUAUUGUCAAAUGUCCUCAGCAAAAUUGCUUUGUCAUCUCUUCUCUACUUAUGCUUGACUUUACUGCUUUUGAUACUGCUGAUUACCCUCUUGUGCCUGACACUCUUCAUGCCUAAGGUUUCUCUGACUCUUCCUACUAAUCUAAUACUCUUUCAGCAUUUCUGCUGGGGAGAAGCUCUCACUUUCUGCUUUCACCCUCUCAGCCUGGUCCUUAAGAUUCAUACUACAUGCUCUGUUAUCUUUCCUCUGAUUUGCAUUGUGUGUUCUUUUUUUUUCUUUUCUUUUUUUUUGCCAAUGUCACUACCUCACCCUCUUGUUGAUUUUUGUGCUGCUCAGGUUUAUUUGAUUCCUUCCUCUCCUUUGCACCCAUAUUUGGUCUUGGCACCAAAGCAUCUUAUUUUAAGAUAUUGUGGCUUCCUUUGGUGGGUGGGAUGUGUUUGACUGCCUUUUAUGUUGUUUGGCAUCCGCCUGUCUCAGGAGGCACUGGAAGAGUAUGCCAUGAAGUCAAACCAUUGGAAAUCAAUAUGGGAGAGGCAUGUUUUGUUUUAGUUUGGGUAGUUGAAAGUGCCUGGUUGUGCUGAUGCAGGUGUACCAUGGCUUUCAUUUUGUUUUAGGUUUAUAUUCGUUUCAUUUUAAGUUGUUUUGAGUUUACUUUUUUUGUUUAAAAAGGCAGCUUUUAUUUCUUGUUCAAGUAGAAUAGCAGUGUAGCGUAGGAAAUAAAGUUCUUUGUAAUUCCCAAUAAAUUUAAAACUGUUAGCCAUAAGUGUUGUCUCCAUUCCUCAUUUUCCACUGGACUCCUUGGUUUACUUGCCUAGUUAAGAUACAGCGCCAAACAAUCCCAUCAGCUCAGUAUACUUUGUUUAAUUAGGUACGGUGGAUUCAGGUUAGGUUUCCUCUAUGGCAGUCAAGACUGUUGAAGCAUUUCCUGUUAAUCUCCUGUUGCUGUUAUUUGUGUAUACAUAGGGAGUGAAACUGCUCUUAAAUAUUUUUGAUUGACUUGCUCAAUCAAAAUAGUUCCUAAAGGCAUAUAUCACUAAAUCAUCAUAAUACCACAGGUUCUAUCUUUUUCUCCCAACCCCCAGGAAUAGAUUGUGCGAUGGGGGCACUGCUCAGGGGACUCUGGGAAUUGUUGAAAGUCUGUCUACCUCCCUGUCCUGCUGAUGGAAGCCUCUGUUGGAUCAGAGACUUCUGUCAGUAGAAAGACAUCAUUUGGAUACAAUUCAGACACUAGGUUGUACCUAGCUGUGGCUGCAAGACUAACCCCACUUAACCUGUGAGUAACCACCAUUAAAUUCAAUAGGAGUAGACAUAGUUAAGAAUGCAGCCUAAGUCAUAGAACAGAUCUAUUGAAAUCACGUUCACUUAACGUUAACCAUGAGUAUGACUUAGUCAGAUACCACCCAAUAGAUUUUGCUUUGCACCAAAUGCUACAUAAAUGGUUUCAAAUGCAAAAUAGGUCAUUGGUUAGCUUGAUGUUAUGUGCUGCUCAAACUUCAGUAAGUUCAAAACUUGUUUACGUCAGUAUUUUUUUCAAAUGGUAAGUGGCUCUUCACAGAGAAGCAAUCUGAUGGUCUUAUUUGGAAAAUAAUUAUUGUCCCAUACUUUGUUAUAGAAUGUGCCCACCUGCUUUUGGCCCACAAUGCUCCUGUGAAAGUGAAAAAUGCUCAGGGAUGGAGUCCUCUCGCAGAAGCCAUCAGCUAUGGAGAUAGACAAAUGAGUAAGAAACUGUCGCUCUGGUUGUCUUGACAUAAAUACAUGAAAUCCAUUUAGUCAUUAAGAUCAGCUUACUGCAAAUUGUGACUGAAAUGUGUAGAGUCAUACCUCGGGUUAAAUAUGCUUCGGGAUGAAUAUUUUUGGGUUGCGCUCCGUGGUGACCAAGAAGUAACAAAGUGCGUUACUUCCAGGUUUUGCCGCUCGCGCAUGUGCAGACGCUCAAAAUGACGUCACGCGCAAAGUGACGUCACGCGCAAAGUGACGUCACACGCAUGUGCGGAAGCGGCAAAUCGCGACCCGUGCGGACGCGGGUUGCGUUCGCUUCAGGAUGAGAACGGGGCUCUGGAAUGGACCCAGUUCGCAUCCAGAGGUACCACUGUAGAUCAUGAACACCUAAUCUUGAGAUAAUUUGUAAAGGCAAGUGCUCAUGUUAAGCUUUUCUGCAGAUUGUCCAGGAUAAUUCCAGGUCCAGCUCAAGCUCCUCAUAUUAAGGUUUACACUGGUACUAGCAAUAAGUAUGACUAUAUCAAGAGCAGCAUUGCACCUUUGUUGUUGUUAGGUAGGAGUUAGUCAACCAGCAGGUGUUGAAAUCCAUGCUGUUUGGAGUUCUCAUUCUUUAAGAAGGCAGUGUGGUGGUGCUACAUUAUCCUGCUUCUCAACUGAAAUGUUCCCAAAUUAUAAAAACCUGACUUGCUUGAUUUACCUUGCUUCUCGAGCUUUUGUAAAGAUAAAGUCUUUCAUGACUAAUGAAUAUCAUUUUCAGUUCAGAGCCAGUGUGGUGUAGUGGUUAAGAGUGGUAGUCUCGUAAUCUGGGGAACCGGGUUCGCGUCUCCGCUCCUCCACAUGCAGCUGCUGGGUGACCUUGGGCCAGUCACACUUCUCUGAAGUCUCUCAGCCCCCCUCACCUCACAGAGUGUUUGUUGUGGGGGAGGAAGGGAAAGGAGAAUGUUAGCCGCUUUGAGACGCCUUAAAGGGAGUGAAAGGCGGGAUAUCAAAUCCAAACUCCUCCUCUUCUUCUUCUUCUUCUUCUUCUUCUUCAAAUAUAAACUUUUAGUUUUAUUUGGCACAAAUUACUGAGAGUUUGAUUUAAAAUGCAAGCUACUCUUGCUUAAUAUAACGUACGUAUCAAUUUUUUAUUUAUUACAUGUAACAUUCCAAAGCUGUAUUUACAACUUUUGCAUUGCUACUUACAUAGAAUGUUCAGGAUGGGUGAUUUAUUCAUUUAAUUAUAUACAAGUGCAAUAGAAUAUAGCAUAUCAAAUGUUAUGCUGUAGGUUAGCAGUUAAGUGUGCCUGAUCAAUGGUGUGUUGAUGUACAGCUCCAGAACUUAAAUGAGGGUUUAUUUUAAGCAUAAGGAGCAUUAGCAUUAUGGUCAAAGCUGGGAGGAGCAUGUUUGUACCUGAAUUUGGAAAUGUCUUAAUGAAAACUCCCCUACAGAAACCCCAAAUUGCUGUUUAAAUUCCUUCAGAAAACAGUCCGGGAAUUGUAUGCCAGAGGUUUUGAAGAGGAAACAACAUUGCUGUAACUGCUUCAUUUCCAAAAGGCAAACUCUUAGGGAAAGCACACAUGUUGGCUUUGUGCAUGUUUAUGAGACUCCCAGUGGUCUCUGAUCCAGAUUACUGAUUAGAUCACACUUUCAGUAACACUGAAACACCUAGUAUUCCGAGAUCUUUCACUUGCCCCAUGGAAGCUUUGUAUAUUUGUCUCUGAAUGGUAGUAUAUGGCCUACUGUUGUCAGUUUACUUCACUGAACUUUGUUUUAUUUAUUUGACAAUACUGCUUAAGUAACGAAAAGCUACUAAUUGACCAGAGCCGCCUCUGCCAUUAGGCAGACUAUGGCGGCUGUCUCAGGUGGCAGAAACCCCCAGUAUGGCAGCCCCAUGGGCACCCUGCCCAUGCUGCAGAAGCGGCACCAGUAUCAUCCAAAAUUAUGUGAAAUCUUGUGGAGGGUGCAAGAUCUUGUGCGAUUCCAGCAAGAUCUCACCUGUAAUUGGUGCUGAUGCCGACGCUGCUUCUCUGCCGGCAGUAGAGGUGGCCCUGCAAUUGAUGCUGAUUUCUCUUUUGCCACCAGCCAUUACAAAAGGUAAAGGCAGCUCCCAGCUUAGUGGAUGCUUAACAUGAUUGCCUUUACAUUGGACUUACAGUGUAUUUAUUUAGUUACAGCACUUCUAAGGAAACUGAAACAACAGUCUAGGGAAAGUGUUGAGGAAAAGCGACCUCGGUUAUUAAAAGCUCUGAAAGAGGUAAGUUUGUAAGGAUUUUUCCACCCACAUUGGAGAGUAUGGAGUCAUUACUUUUCAAACAAUUUGUGUGUGAUUGCCAUUGUGUCUUCAUUAAGUGCAAACAACUCAACACAGGCCUCUAUUUCUGGGAAUUGCUGGCUGAAUUGCAUAUUGCUUGCUUGUCUGUGUCUUAGAAUGACUGACCUGUAAGUGACUUACCUUGCAGCAGUGACCUCUUCCCUACUUAGAGAAAGGGCUUGGUGACUGGAUAUGGCCUAUGGGUUGUAUGUUCUAAAUUCCGGGUGUGGAGUUUUAGUGUUAAGUCUCUGCUAUGGAUCGUAAUUGUGAUUUUAAAAAUUAAGUUUCACUGUGGAAAAAAUUAUGUUUCUAUUUUGGUUUUAAAGACAAGUUAAUAAUGCUUUGUUUACAUGUAGCUUCUGCAUUUUGAAGUUGCAGUGAAAUUGGAAGCUGAUGUAAAUAUGUUAAAAUAUUUGAAUAGCAUUUAAACUGUGAGCCAGAGAUCAGUUCCUAACAUACCAUAAUUAUUGAUAUAAGGAGAGAGACAGUUUCCAUUUGAGGGAAGGAAAAACUGCAUUUGACAGUUUCCAUUUGUCAUGCUAAUUCCCAUGGACAGAGAAGGCCUGUUUUAGAACUUUGUACAUAAACUGGGUACAUAAACUCAGUAGCUCCAAUUCAAAGCAAGUUUUUCUGUUAUAUCAUGCGUUCUCCAGCUACAUUAGCUGCUUCUAGGUAUCCCUUGCCCAUGUACUUUAAGAGGUGCCACAGGUUCCUCAUUUUGUUGAUCUGGGUCAAAGUUGUUUAGCUUAGCUAGCAUUUGAUUCCCUUGCUUCAGAAAUAACUAGCUCUUCAGAAGAAUGGCUUCAUAUAGCGAUUAUUAUCUUGCACAGAAGGACGUUUUCUACAAACAUAAGCUCUUGGUUAAGGAGCAGCUAUCAAAAAUUGUCACCUACACUGACUGCUUUCAAAGGAGAAAUGUAUUGCUAAAAAAAUAGCUACUUUUUGAAAAAUAACUUUUAAGAAGCCAAGCUGUUGUAGUUGUAGUAAAAUAAUUUAUACAUUAUAUUUGAUUGCAAGGUUAGCUUGAUUCAGAUAUUGUAUAGUUUGGGCUGUUAUUUUGAUCGUGUUACUUCUGUACUUCCGUAGAUAAAACAAGUAAGACUAAUUUACACCUUUUCUUCUACUUCUUCUUUUAAAAUCUUCAAUUAAUACACACUUACCCCAAAGUUUAGCAUGUCCAAAUGAAAGUUAUGGUUGCUAGCAUUUCCUGGGUGGGUGGACAUGAAAGUAGUCAUCAGUUUCUUAACAUUUAACAGAAAUUCUCUUUCUCUCCAGCUAGGUGACUUCUAUCUUGAACUUCACUGGGAUUUUCAAAGUUGGGGUAAGAUUUUAAAGAUAUUUAUGGAAAUCAUAGUUGUAGAGUUGGAAGGGGUCACGAGCGUCAUCUAGUCCAACUCCCUGCAGUGCAGGAAUCUUUUUGUCCAUGACCUUGAGAUUAAGAGUAUUGUGCUCUGCCAACUGAGCUAUCCAGUCUAAAUACUUAUUUCUCCAGAACAGACUUGUUAUUUGAAAUGAUUGGAUUUUCUGUACUAAACUUGUUGUAGAUAGUUAUGCAAAAGCACAAACAUAGUUGGAGUUUGAUCCAGACAUCUUCCACAAAUCGAAAGGUUCUUUCUGUUCACAGAUGGGACUCUGAUCCCAUGGGGAUUUGUGGCUGGGUUAUUCCUGCAGAUGAAAGGAAAAUGUAAUUUUUGUUGAUUUCCCCUACAUGCCCAGUGCCACUUCCUACACGGUUCCAGAAGGUCACCCAACCCUUUGGAUCACAUUUUUGGGGGGCAUAGGGUGCUGCAGAGAAAAAGAAGAGUCUCCUCCCCACAGGACCAUCAAGUAGUUUGAGUUCCACUGAAGACAUCUAGAUCCAGCCCCUUUGUGUUUGUUAAUUUUGGUAGUGCUUGAUGGUGAUGUAAUAUUUCUUGAUCCCUUAAGAGAUUGGGAGCAUUCUCUAGAUUCCCUGUAACCUCCCUCCUCGCAGUGAGGGAACCACCAGAAGGCCCUUGGAGCUAGAUCUCAGUGUCUGGGCUGAAUGAUGGGGGUGGAGACACUCCUUGAGGGCCAAGGCCGUUAAGGGUUUUAAAGGUCAGCACCAACACUUGGAAUUGUGCUCGGAAAUGUACCUGGAGCCAAUAUAGAUCUUUUAGAACCGGUGUUAAAUGGUCCCAGCGGCUGCUCUGAGUCACCAUUCUGGCAGUCACAUUCUGGAUUCGUUGUAGUUUCUGGGUAGCCCCAUGUGGAGUGCAUUGCAGUAGUCCAAGCGGGAGAUAACCAGAACAUGCACCACUCUGGUGAGACAGUGUGUAGGCAGGUAGGGUCUCGGCCAGUGUACCAGAUGGAGCUGGUAGACAGCCGCCCUGGACACAGAAUUGACCUGUGCCUCUGUGGACAGCUGAGCAUAAAAUAUCAAAAGUGCUAUCCUACUUGUCAUAAUUCAAACAACUGAAAUGUGUUUUGCCACUUUUUGGUGGAAGAGAUUACGUUCUUUAAAUUAGUUACAGUUCUAUCGGCUUCAAUUCUAGUGGAGCUGCUGGAUCAGACUGAAGGCCUGUCUAAUCCAGCAUCCUGCUUUCCACAGUGGUCAGCCAGAUACCUCUAGGAACCCUAUAAGCAGGGCAUGGAGCAAUAGGCCUCUCGUGUUGUUAAUCUGCAGUGACUGGUAUUUGGAGGAAAGGUGCCUGUGGGCAUUGGGUGUACUAUACAGCUAUCAUGAUUAAUAGCUUUACAUAUGGCUCUGUUUUAGUUGCUUUGUUGGAUGUGUUUAUAUAUGAUGUGGUUGAUAGUUUUUUAUUUUGUGUGUUGUAUUCUGAAUGGAUACAUUAGAAGGACAUUAAUGGUAACAGGGUGUCGUUUUUACCCUAAAUGCAGUGCCUUUACUUUCCCGAAUCCUGCCUUCUGAUGCAUGUAAAAUAUACAAACAAGGUAUAAAUAUCAGGUAAGAAUAGUCUUCACCUUUGAAGGGUUACACCGGGGAUGGGGAACCUGUGGCCCUCCAGAUGCUACUGGAAUUCGACUCCCAUGAUCCUUUACCAGUAACCAUGCUUACUGGGGUUGAUGUGAGUUGUAGUUAACAACAUCUGAAGGACUACAAAUUACCCAUCCCUGAACUGUACGAAAUGUAAUGAUGUUAAAAUAUUGAGUUUUAAUUCUGUUGCCAAUGUCUUCAUGCAUUUCCAAAUUUCAUACCCUGUUGUGAUGUGGGUGAGGAGGAUAAGAUGUAGAGGCCGCGCACUGCACAUUCACAGAGCCUUUUGAUCUGUGUUUCCUUUGCAGUCACCUUAAUGUUCCAAAACGUUGCCCUGCAGAGUGGCAUUUAACAUGGUGUAAGGAGUUGCAACUAAGAGGGAAAAUUGCACAGCCCCCUGCUGGUGUGGAGUUGGGCUCAUGAGCUUGAACUCUUUAAAGAAACUCUACAAGUAUUGGAGUUUAUUACAAAAAAAAUUAUUUAAAGAAGAUAACUGUAGAAGAGUUACCAGUGGUCUGCAUAGCUGUGUUUACAUUGUUGGCCUGCUCAUAAUUGGGAAUCUCCAGAUAAAUGGAGUUGUGCAUGUUUUGCCGCUUUAUCCCAGGUGCUGUGAUGUGAUGUUAGUGUGAGCUGACUAUUAACUCAUUACUGAAAUGCCUUUUAUUGAGAGUCAUGAUUCUCUCACAAUUAAUGUUCUCAGCUCUCAACUGGACAAAUGAUGAAUAAGAUUUAUUCUGUAAAGUGGCUCGCUCUACCCCUUUGUGAAUUACAUAUUUGACUUUUUUAAGGCUAGUGCUUGCUUAGGGACCAUCUUCAGCACAGUCUCCUUAAAUCCUGUGAAUAUUGCAUGGCUGCUUCUAAAACAAACACCUGUAGCCAAAUAUUGGCAUAGCUGCCUGUUAGGUGAUUGGAUGAUUCUAAACAAGUCAAGAUGACUUUGGGUUUCUUUUUAACUAAAGAUGUUGCUAUUUAAGCAGGUUUUUGUCAAAGAGAAAUUUCCACAUCUUGCUAACUUUUAAAAUAAAUGGAAUAUAUAUUUUGUGUAAUACUGAAAGAAGCAAAAUAAACUUUUCGGUCUGGCUACAUGCUUAAUCCAAUGGAAAUUUUGCACUACCUUCUUAUCUGAGUGAGAUUUCAGCACUACUGUUAGCUGUUAAAAUUCACCUUAUUGUACUGUGUGUGGAGAAUUUUUCAUAUACAGGAAUUCCCUAUUCAGACAUGUACCAUCAGCAAGUUUGUUCUUCUGCUAAAGCUAAACUUCUCAGACUUACCUGCUCUGAUCUUGUGAAUUUACUAGAAUUCUCUGAACAGAACUUGCAUAGUAGUGGUGGCAGAAGUUCUCUGUUGUAGGAAUAUUUUCUCUUGGUGGAGACUCAAAAGAUUUGAUAGGACAAGAUCUUGUUGUAUAUUUUGGGUUGUAUGCAAUGAAAUCCGCAUGGAAGGGAGUGAGCUGCCUCAUCCCUGCCUCUCCCAGCAGUCAGGAGACCUCGCUGGGCUGUAGCACAGGAUGCUGUGGGGAAAGCGGGCAAGAGAAAUGAUCGCUAAAAAUUGGUUAGAGGCAUCUUCUGUGAGCAGAAGCUCUUCUCGCUGAAAGUGGCCACACAGUUUUUGCUGCCUUCUGUCACAUUUUAGCCCACCCCAUUCAGCGGAUGGUUAAAAGUCAUUUCGAGGGUUGUAGGCGACCCCAGUUGUGCAGGGUUCUAAAUUACUCCAUGAGUAGUAAGUCUACUCCAUGAGUAGUAAGUCUGCUCCAUGAGUAGUAAGUCUACUCCAUGAGUAGUAAGUUUACUCCAUGAGUAGAGGAGGCUCCCUCUUCUUUUGGAGGGUGAUGGGCAGAGUAAUGCAGGGGGCAGAUCUUAGCACACUCAUCCCUGCUUGUAUGUUGCCUUUGCACACAGAUAGCACACCCAGACAGGGCUGAUUUCUGUUUCAAAUCUUGCUUCUAAAAAAAAUAAUCAAAUCUCAUUGGUUAUUAGUACAAUUUUGUGAACUAAUAUUCUGGAUCAGCUGAAGCAUUGGAAUGUUCCCCCCUCCCCCAGGCUUGACACAACACUCAUAGAUUUUACUGACAUGAAGUGCCAACGAGGGGACUUGAGCUUCAUUUUCAACGGUGACGCUGCACCCUCUGAAUCCUUUGUAGUUUUAGACAACGAACAAAAAGUUUACCAGCGAAUACAUCACGAGGUAAGCUGCAGCACCGCUAGUAAAAUCUUUCACAAUGCUACUCAAAAACAAAGCAAAAUAUGUUUCCUGCUGUUUUGUGCCCCAAAUAAAUGACUUGUUUUAAAAAUGUACAAGGUAGUUGCAAGAUAUUGUCAUUCCAGUAUCAGACAUGUAAGGCUGCAGUCCUCUGUGCCCUUACUUGGGAGCUCUUCCAUUGAACACAGUAGAUAUGUAUGGAGGAGGGCUAUAAUUCCACUGCCGUUUUUUCUCUUAUGUUUAGUAUUGCUUUGCAGGAUACCUAGUUGCUUAACAGUUCUGCUGCAAACAAUAUUAAACUCCUUUCCCAUAUAGAUUGCUAAUGUCCUCCCAAAAUAUAUUUAUUACUUACGUAGCAGUGACAGUAAUACGAUGUACAUCUAGGGUCUGAGAAAUCAGAAGGCUGCAGAAGACUACUUUACGCAGAAGGUUUCCAAAGGCAACAUGUGAAUGUGUAGCUUUAGAAAGAAGCUGAAAUGGAGAGUAAUCUUGUACCUGAGAAUGUAUAUCAAUGGGAGAUAUGGUGUACUCAUACUCGCAGUGGUUAAGACUGCUACCUAAUGGAAUUAUUACUGGAAGGUUUCUAUUUAUUUCAGGCAGAAAUUGGACAGGGAGAGGAUAACAAAUCUGUUUAAAUAAUUUGGGGUUUUUUUUAAAAAAAACAACAACCAAACCACAAUUAAUAUUCUUCCUUUUUUUCAGGAAUCUGAGAUGGAAACAGAGGAGGAAGUUGACAUUUUGAUGAGCAGCGAUAUUUAUUCAGCAACAUUAUCAACCAAAUCAAUCACCUUCACACGUGCCCAAACAGGAUGGCUUUUUCGAGAAGAUAAAACAGUAAGACUUUUUAAUAACUAUUUUAAGACAUCCAUCCAUCCUGUGCUAGUGUGCCCCAGGGAAGACGUCUGUAAGGCAGGUGAAAUGUAGGACAAACAUAUACCGUAAAUUUCGCUCCAUAACACGCAGUUUUUUUCUCCUAGAAAGUAAGGGAAAAUGUCUGUGCGUGUUAUGGAGCGAAUGCCUACAGAUGGCGGGGGAAUCUGCUGCAGUCGUGAGCAGUCCAUGGCUCGCUUUGAAACAACAAAGCGGGUGUAAGCGGCUCCUGUCAGCUAGCGGAGCCGGGAAGGAGGGAGAGAAGCAGAGCAGGAGUUGGCUGCUUUAAAACAACCCGUGCUCUCUGUCCCUGCCUGCAGUUUUUUGCUGUCCGAUUUUGGAUUAGCCACUGUAGGAGCUGUGUGUGUGCUUGAGCUAUCGUUCUCCUCCUUCUGCUUCCCCUUCACUCUCCCUGCGCCCCUGCGACUUUAGAAUUGCCACUCUGUGUGUCUGUGUGUGUGUGAGGGCUCCUUCUCCUUCUCUUGCUUCUCGGUCACUCUCCCUGCGCCCCUGCGACUUUAGAAUUGACACUCUGUGUGUCUGUGUGUGUGUGAGGGCUCCUUCUCCUUCUCUUGCUUCCGUUCACUCUCCCUGCGCCCCUGAGACUUUAGGAUUGACACUCUGUGUGUGUGUGAGGGCUCCUUCUCCUUCUCUUGCUUCUCGUUCACUCUCCCUGCGCCCCUGCGCUCUCCCUGCACCCCUGCGACUUUAGAAUUGCCACUCUGUGUGUCUGUGUGUCUGUGUGUGUGUGAGGGCUCCUUCUCCUUCUCUUCCUUCCCGUUCACUCUCCCAGCCCCCCUGUGCUCUCCCAGCGCCCUGCGACUUUAGGAUUGAUAUUCUGUGUGUCUGUGUGUGUGUGAGGGCUCCUUCUCCUUCUCUUGCUUCCCGUUCACUCCCCCAGCGCUCCUGCGACUUCCAGCGCCCUGCGCCUUUAGGGCCAGUUUUCUCUCUCUCUGUGUGUGUGUGUGUUUUGACCUCACUGCGCUUGUUGGGGGAGAGUGUUGGUCGCAAUUUUUCUUGAUUUGUCUCAGAGUGGUUACUUUCGUGGUUUCCUUGCCGGGGAGGAGGGAGAGAAGCAGAGCCUGCUUGUUUUAAAGGAGCAAAGCCAGAGAGGAGCCUCUCCUGCAUUAUUAGCAGCAUCCUUCUCCACACCCCCCACGUGUGCUCCUUGUCCCUUGAGUGCUUUUCCCUCCCUCCCCACUUAAAACGUGGUUACAAAGCACGGAUCCACAUGGAUCCUCAGGAUUUUUGCACUGGGUCACCCCAAAUUCACCAUCAGAUCACAUAGCAUGUCCAUGGCUACAGCCUGCACCAAAAAACACCCACACCCACUGUUUCAUGGAGCCGCAAUGGUGCAAAAAUGUGGUUACAAAGCAUGGAUCCACAUGGAUCCUCAGGAUUUUUGCAUUGGGCUACCCCAAACUCACUGUCAGAUCACAUGUCUGUGGCCACAGCAUGAACCACAAAAAUCAUACAUCCACUGUUUCGUUUAGAAUAUUUUUUUCUUGUUUUCCUCCUCUAAAAACUACGUGCGUGUAAUGGUCAGGUGCGUGUUAUAGAGCGAAAAAUACGGUAGGUUGUCAGUUUUGCUUUCCCAGUCAUCCGGAUUGGGAGAAGGGAGGAUGUUAAAAGUUAGGGUUAUAAGAAAAGUGAGUGAAAUAUAUAAAAAUGUGACAUUAGGGGCAAAAACAUAAGCAGUUGGCAGGUAGACAAUAAAUGAAAAGACUAGGUGAGCUUCAGUAGAAGUUUUGCAUUUUGGCUCAAAUACUUCAUGUGUUUUAUUUUUGUGUGUUUGCAGGAAAGGGUAGGAAACUUUUUGGCAGACUUCUACCUGGUUAAUGGACUUGUCUUAGAAUCAAGGAAAAGACGGGAACAUCUCAGUGAGGAAGAUAUUCUUCGAAACAAGGCUAUUAUGGAAAGCUUGAGUAAAGGUGGAAACUUGAUGGAACAAAAUUUUGAGGUACAGUUAAAAAUUCUGUUUAAAUUGAACAUUUAACAACAGAUGACCUUUUGCUGGCUUAGUUCACAUGUAACGCUAAGCCAAGCCAUUGCUGAGUGUGAAUGUGCAAGUGUGCAGGUACUCACAGCAGAAAUCGUGACCACUUCGGUCCACUCCCAGUCCUCUGGCUGCCACACCAGCUAGAGCUUAAGCCAUGGUCUGGCUUAGCGUUACAGCCAAACCUAGGCACAUGGUUUGUCUUGUUCCAGACAGUCCAGGAGUUAUAGCCAAGGUUUGCUCUUGUCUUGAUGCUUGUGAUUUAUCUGGGGGAGACAAAAAGUAUUUCUUUUGCACGUGGCUAUCCUUAAGAAAUGCUUACAUUUUUUACGCAGCUCUUCAGGCAUGCUAACAAGUGUACAUUUCUGUUUCAUGUCUAAAUGAUUGGUUGCUGUUCAUUUGUCAGGAGUGCAGUGUUCUAAUGUUGGAUUAGCCCCAAUUUACUCUUCUUCAGAUUGGCAAAUGUUGGAGGAAGCAUGAGAGACAGAUGUUCUUUUAGACGAGAUGAUGGUAGCCUACUAAGUAGUAAAGUGCUCUGAUUUACAAAUAAUUCCCAUUUGUUUUCUUUAACAGCCUGUCAGGAGGCAGUCUCUUACUCCACCUCCACCAAACACAAUUACAUGGGAAGAGUACAUAUCUGCUGAAAAUGGAAAGUGAGUAUUAAAUACAUAUAGUGUGUGUAUAUAGCCGCUGCUACGUAUAUACUUAAUGUUGUUUUCAAAACAUAAUGGGCUGGAUCAGGGUUUCACAUGAAUUGAGUUCUUUUCACGAGACACUCCCCUGGGAGGAGGGAGAUUAUUUUUCACCGAUUCCUCCUUUCCCUGUGCCCUGUGAAAUGUCGCCCAGGAGGACCUUAGCUGUGGGCUGGUCCACUGUCCCUCAGACCUUGUGGCGGGCCGGAGAAGCAGCACCUGGGGCGGAGGAGCUGGAAGAAGAGGCGGGGGGGGCAAGUAAUCCUCCUCCCCGCCAUCACUUAUCGUGGGUAGGCAGAGCGAGCUCGUCCGCUCCGCUCUCUGGCCCACAGGAGCACCAGGGCGGUGGCGGCGGGAGGAAGAGGCCGUGCCAUGAAGCCAGAACCCGCCACAAAGCCGAGACUCCCGGCGAUGGGAGGAAGAGGCCAAGUGGUGGAGGCUCUACCAAUCAAACGCUGUGCCUGGUUUACCUCAGUGCGGCACAGGGCCGUCUCUGCCAAUCAAACACCAGUGAGGUAAACCAGGCAUUUGAGUGGCAGAGGAGCUGCCGCCAUCACCGGGAGUCUUGGCUUCGUGGCGGGUUCCGGCUUUGCGGAGCGAGCCAGAUUUAGGACCCAAGUGGGCCUGAUCUGGCUCAGGGGCCUUAGUUUGCUGACCCCUGUUCUAGGAGGUGGCGCUGCAGGCUUCAGUGGGAAGGAAGAACUGGUGAAUGUUACAUUUUCUUUUCACCAAGCAUGAGUUUUGACUGAAUCAGGGUCCCUUCCAUGAGCAGAAGCCCAUAGUGUCUGUAAUUCCUGGGUUAAAUCCUACAUGUGCAUUUUAUUUGGCAUUACAGUGGUACCUUGGGUUACAUACGCUUCAGGUUACAGACCCCGUUACCCCAGAAAUACUGCUUCAGGUUAAGAACUUUGCUUCAGGAUGAGAACAGAAAUCGUGCUCCGGCGGCGCAGCGGCAGCAGGAGGCCCCAUUAGCUAAAGUGGUGCUUCAGGUUAAGAACAGUUUCAGGUUAAGAAUGGACCUCCAGAACGAAUUAAGUACUUAACCCAAGGUACCACUGUACUCUUCUAUGUUUUUAGCUUUUCCUAUAUUAUCUGCAAGCUGCCUUGAGUCUUGGUCCGGGGAAAAGGCAAGAUAUAAGCAUUAUAUAAAUAUGCCAUCACCCCCGAAGGCACACUUUUCCAUUGUCUCCCGAGAAAGACAGAUGCCAGCCGUAUAAAUACGAUAAUAAAAUAAUAAUUACAGGGAAUCAAAACCUUCUGUUUUUCAAGCUUUUUUAUUAAAAUUGUGUUUUUCAAUAUAUUUAGUUUUAUAUAUUAGUUUAUUUUCAUUGGACGCAUACAAGCAAUUUCUACAAUGAGAGUAUCUUUUCAAUCAGAAUGCAUGAAGGAAUCAAAUAUCAUCAGCUCUGGGGCCUUUAUUGGGGUUUAAAAGUGCAACCUUUGAAAUUUAAUUAUCUGUAAAACCAGCCAUGACACCCAAAUUUAUUGCAUAAGGUGCUGUCCUGGGCUCACCUCAUAGGUAGUCAUUUGAAACGUUUAGUAUAGAAUUGAGAACAAAGAUGAAUAUAUGAAACCAUUCUUCCUAUUGCUGCAGUAAAGCCUUAUUUAUUUGAAAAUAGAAAUGUCUGCUUAAAGUUGCACACACGGGUUUUAGAUUUUACGGACUGACCCCAAUGCGUUUAGGUCCCAUUGAUUUCGAUGGUGUAAAAUCAGUCCCUUUCUCAUGGGAAUCAGAUAUGUCCUUUAUAUUUGGUGUGAUUUAUCUUGAAGAAAAGUAGUAUGAUAAGAUCUACUUGUCCAGAGAUCCAUAAAACUACUCCUGAGCUCCAAAUGGUUUCAUGAAAAGCAGCGUUCCGCACCCUAUAGCAAACAGCUUUUGAAGGAUGAUUUGAUAAUGUGUGUAGACUGGGAUGUGCAUGUCAGAAUGCUGUUGAAUGAAACUCCUAUUCCAUGCACAUAAUAUUAUUGUCAUUACUAGAGCUAAAGCAGCUAUCUUGAAUUUGGUCAGUAUUAGUGGCAUCAAAUCAAAGCCUUUUUCAUCCUAGACUUUAACUGUGACAAGACUGCUAUUUAACCCUCAACUCAUGCUAUUGUCUUUGUUUUAAUAACAUCUUAAACUGAUUAUAUAUGCCUUGUUGUUUUUACUUUUCCACAUGCUUGACCAAAUCAGAAGUGGUCUCUUCAUUUUGAACUUUCAUGGGUUUGGGGUGAAAUGGUCAUGAAGGCUUGACUAAACACAAGAUGACAAGUCUCUAAUACUGAUGGACUUGGAGAGCUUUGGAUGACUGGAUAUUUUUCAGAUGCCUCAGCGUGUCCUUACUUGUAAAUUUUAGAAUGUGAUAUCUUUCUUAACACUAUUCAGAGGGUUGGCUCCAGCAUUCCAGCAGCAUCUCCAACUGGAGAGGAUGGGGGAGAUGUUUUUGCCAAUUCCUCCCACCCUCCCACAGCCCCAUGGGAAGAUGCUGUGGAGAGUGGGAGACACCCAAACAUUAUCCCACCACGGGACAGGGCACUGUGGGCUUCAUGAGGAAGAGUGAACUCUAAUGAGACUUUUUGCUGGAUCUCACUUCCUUCCAAGAUUUGAGGGAGCCCUUUUCUUUGUGGAAAGAUAACUCUGGAUCCAAUCCCAAAUGUACAAGUUUAAAUGUAAAUAUUAAAGAACAGUUCUAAGUUUCUAAACAAAAUUGCACUCAAGGAAGACAGUCUGUUUCAGUAUGAAUUUCUUCCAUAUUUACACAUUGGUCCAGCAGAAGUUGUUUGAUCACAGAAAUUAGAAAGUAACAUGAUGGUAUCUAUUCCUUCUCCCCCCCCCCCUUUUUAAGGCUUCCACACUAUUUCCAUUUUAGUGUCCCAUGGCCAGUAUGGAAAGAACUGUUAAACUAGUUAUCAUGACCAUUGGGCUCCAUGCCACACUUGCAAAAUGUUUUUGAAACGGUAUGAGGGUUUGCUCUUCAAAGUCAAAAGACAAAUUCCCCUUGGGCUCAUCUGAAUAGCUUUUUAGAUCCUAGUCCUAGAUUCUUAACUUUGUGAAAUCAUCCGGCCAAAGUGUGUAUGUGCAUUUAUAUUUUUCUCUUUUCUACAGACUUCUAUUCAGUUGCUUUAAUCUGUUAGUGCCUGGGCAGCUUGCCCGCUUGGGCAGUUUUUGCUAUCUGAACUCUUCCAGGCAUCAUUAAACAACUUCUGUCAACUUGUUUUCCUGCACAAGAGAAAUGCAUUCCAAUUUCUUAUUGUUUUUAUAAAUUAUGUCUCUAGGGAGGUUUUAAUUUUUAUUUUCUUUAACUUAGAGCACCUCAUUUGGGUAGGGAACUGGUCUGCAAAGAAAGCAAGAAAACAUUUAAAGCCACAAUAGCCAUGAGCCAAGAAUUUCCUCUAGGAAUUGAAUCGUAAGUCUUAAACUGUCCACUACAAAAGUUUGUGAAAGGGCAUGUGAUUUAGCUAAAAUACGCUGAUAUGUAUAAAAUUUUGCUUGUUCCAAAGACUGCAGUAUAAUACAUUGUCAUAGAGUAAGUGGGAAAACAUGUUGCCUGCCAUAGGUUCACCUCUACAAUGAUCCAAUUCUUUUGUAGUUUCUCCAAUAUUCUUAAAUGUAAAGUUCUCAGAUUUUAUCCAGAUGUCUCAAGUCCUCUGUAUUCUGUUCUCAAAUCUAUAUAAAAAAAAUGAAGUGUGUAUGAUUUAUUCUGCAUCUAAGAGCCAAAGAGCUUUCCAUGUUUUGGCAACUUUUUCAAGUAGAAGAAAAAUCUGGGGUUAAGGAGGUUGAACUUUGGCUAGGAGGAUUGUGGGACAAGGAAUAGGAAUCGUAAGGGUGGGGUUGAAGUUAUGGAAGUUUAUGAACCCCUGCAAGAAUGGGCACUGGAGGUCUUGUAAGCAACAUGUUGGGUUCUGAAUCCUUUCAGCAGUGUACCCAUACUAGUACAUUCGCUCUACUUAUGAUCUGAAUAAGUUAGCCACUUACAUAGAUGCUGUGGAGGAGAUGUGGAAAAAAUUAAUGAGAGAUAUUCGGAAUAUAUAGUGACUUGGAAAUGUCUAGUUUUUGAAGUGUGAUGCUUUUCUAGAUCUUUUAUUAUUUGUGUGCCCUGAUGGGAAGUUUUCUGACAUCUAUAAAGAAAAGUUCCUAAACUGGAAUUUUGGAAGAUUCUUCCUGUUACGAUUCAAAAGGAAGCUUGUUUUAAGCUUGACGCUUUACUACCGGAGUUCUUAAUAAGUUUAAGUUUCGAAACCUAUUGAAAUCCUGAGUUUUAAAACUCACCUAACAUAAAAUAAAUGAGUGCUAAAACUCAGUUUUACCCAAAGGAGAAACAAUCUGGAAAUCCUCCUACCAAGUCAUGUGAAGCUCGCUGCAGUUUGAAUGCUCAGUUGUGACUGUCUCUGAGCUGCAUUGGACCAAAGUUAUGUGGGACUAUUUAGCUUACUCUUGCUUAACCUACAUUGUGCUAACAAAAAUGGUUCAGUGUAAUUACUUGAUUUGAUUCAGUGGCCAUGAACAAUAGCGUCUUUCCCUCGGCAUGUGUCUUGGCUCAGUUUGCAGUGAUUUGCUGAGAUGACACCUCUCUUUUUCUUACAGUGCACUGAUUAGGAGUAUGUGGGUAAAUCCUAAAGCUGCUAAGAGAUGAAAUUGUUACAUGUGUGUGUUUCCCCCCCAGGUUAUUGAAUGUUUUAGAAGUAAUUGCACCCUUCAAGCACUUUAACAAACUGCGGGAGUUUGUGCAGAUGAAACUACCACCGGGUUUUCCUGUAAAGUUAGGUGAGCUAUCAAAGUGUAUUUCAUCAAUUAAAAGGGACUGUCUGCCCUGCCAAGAACAUGGAUUGUAUUUAAAAGCCUUUUAAACUUUGUGGUGAGAAAUGCAGUGGGCUGUCACUCAGACUUUAGCAGGAAGAUAGUCAGAUCCUGGAGUGAAACUAGCAUGCCAUUUCAUAGUGUACUGAGUGGAAAGUACACAGUAAUAGAAAGUGAAGUUAUUGCAUGAGUAGGCAACUUAGGAAACACAUUUAGCAUUUGGAGAUAGAGUGCGUAUGGAAGGGAGAUUAACCCUUUUCUGUAUGCCCAUAGUCUCUGAUGAAAAUCACUUGUUUCCUUCAUAGUCUUACUUCAAAACUAGUGAAUUUUGGCCAGUGAGAAGUGCGGCAAUAGAGUAAGGCUGGAGACAGCAUUUCACAAGAGAGGCAAACGUGGUUUAAUAUCUUAGGGCCUUGUCCCCUCUGAUAAAGCAGGCUAGUAGGUUUUCCCAAAUAUACAAAAACCUGCAGUACUAUUUAUCCAAAAUCCAAAAACGGGAUGAGUGCUGUAUUUUUCACCCUAUAGGACGCACUUUUUCCCCUCCAAAAAUGAAGGGAAAAUGUGUGUGCGUCCUAUGGGGCGAAUGCAGGCUUUUGCUGAAGCCUGGAGAGCGAGAGGGGUCGGUGCGCUCCGACCCCUCUCGCUCUCCAGGCUUCAGGAAGCUCUGCGCAAAACUUGGAAGACCGGCGCGACUUCGCGCCGGGCUCCCAACGGUUGCGCAGAGCUGCCUGCGCUCCCAGGCUUCACGCAGCUCUGCGCAACCCUAGGGAGCCUGGCGCGAAGCCGCGCUGGGCUCCCAAAGGUUGCGCAGAGCUGCCUGCAUUCCGAAGCCUGGGGCGCGCUGAAGAGCGCACCCGGGCUUUGCGCAGCUCUCCGCAAGCCUAGGGAGACUGGCGCGGCUCCCUAGGCUUGCGGAUAGCAGGCUGUUUUGGGGGCUGGGGUCGGGGGAAGCUCGGGCUUCCCCCGUGCCAGUCCCGUGCCUGGGGGGGAAAUAAAAAUUUUUUUCUUUAUUCCCCCCCCCCAAAAAAAACUAGGUGCGUCCUAUGGGGCGGUGCACCCUAUGGGGCGAAAAAUACGGUAUACACCACAAGCAAUGAUUCAGUUUUCAAGACGUUAGCCCUCGUGAACAAAAUUCAUCUGCCUGCUACCCAAAGUUUCUUCAGAAGCUUACUGGGUGUCAUAGAAAACACAGAAGUCACACAGUCAGUGCCCAGGGAUUUGCUGUGUUGUGAAGGUACAGAGUUACACCGAGUUUGUCAGUGCUUUAACAUGGUUGGAGGCUAACAUUGUGCUCUUUUCUUAACAAAUGAGAACAGUGAGGAGUGCAAGUAUUUGCUAGAAGUGUGAACAGAGUUGGACAAUGAAGAUUUUUUAAAAUAUAUUUUCACUCUGCCCUUUAGAGCAAUCUCAAGCUACUUUACAAUAAGUUAAAAACAAUUUACACAUAUCCCUCCAGAAAGGACCAGAACCACUGUAAACUCUGCCUCCAACCCCUCCUCUGACACGCUGUUCCAGACAGAUUACCAGGAAGUUGAGCAAGUGGGCUGGUGAAUCCUUUUCUGCCCCAAAAUACCCUUUUCCAUUGUGCAUUGUGCCUUUUCUAACCUCCCAAUCCUUUGCUCUGUUCUUCCUAGAUAUACCUGUAUUUCCAACCAUCACAGCCACUGUGACUUUUCAGGAGUUUCGCUAUGAUGAGUUUGAUGAAUCAAUCUUCACAAUUCCUGAUGACUACAAGGAGGACCCUAGCCGCUUUCCUGAUCUCUAACUUAACUGGAAAGUUAGCAGUAAAUAAAAAGAAAAUACCAGCAUGCCACAAGGAGACAGGAGAGAGAGGAUGCAGGUAGCCCACAGACAUCUGUCUAAAAGUGGGUGAAGUACGAAGGGACAGAACUCGCUAAAAUGAAACCAGAAAGGGAACACACCGUGAAUCUCAGUCAGUUGUACCAUAUAGCAAGCAUCCACCUAGUGUCUAAACGAAAGCUGGUCUCCUGCUGUGUCACAUGCAUUUAUACAUCCAGACCUGCAAGCAUGAUAGCCUGGCACCUCAGUAAGUUCCCCCUGCCCCCCCCCCCGAAAACUUACAUAACAGCUAUAAGGACUGUAAUUUGUUCUUAAUUUUUUUACGUUUCUCGGUAAUAAAAGCACCCUUGGACCAUUAGCAUAAAGAACUAAAAUGUCUUACCUGGCUAUUAGCCCUUUAAAAUACCCAUCUUACUUAAGCUGCUCUUAUAACCUUCCUUGGAGCUUUGUUUUCAUAUAUUGUAAAUUCUGUAAUAUUUGUUCAGUAAAUUGAGUAUAUAGUAGAAGGAAUUGAUUUUCUGCAGAUGAAUGAACCAAAUGGUAAGCAUUUAAACAGUUGCAUUCAUUUACUGCAAUACGUGUCAGAAUUAGAGCCUUCACUCUGCAGGGAAUAAGGUACCUCCUUUAGCACCUUAGUGCAAUUCAUUGUGGUGCUAUUCAUAUUCUCCCUCCCCCCCCCCCGCCGCCAACCUAUCAUUUCUCCAAUGAAAGCUGUUACUAAUCUUAUAUAAAUCUGCAGAUAUCCCCUCUGCCCUCCCCACCCAAGCUGGUUGGAAAUGUCCUUGCUGUGUUCGUUAGAGAGCAUGCUUGGAGAUUAUUAAACAGCCCACAGGUUGAAUUGCUGACAUUCUUUUGGGUUCCUCAGAGCCAUAAAAGCUGCCCAUCAAACCUACUAAACUUGUAUUUGUUAUCCAGUAGUAUUUGGGAAUAUAUUGAAUAUAUUACUACAAUAAUCUUGGUUUACACUUUCAUUUCCCAAAGUGCAAACCUAGAUGUGAAUAGGGAUUGCAAUAGAUUGGGGAUGGAGAGUACAAAAAUGAAAGUACAAGAAUAAUUAAGGUAUUUCCAGCAUGGGUAGCUACAGAAAAAAGAAUGUUUUUAUUCAGAAGGGGGUUUUUUUUAAUAAAAAAAAUUAGAAUCUUCAUAUGGUUCCACUGUAUGAAACUUGAAGAGAAACUAGCCUUUUUUGCUCUACUGGAAAGAAUGUGUCCAGAAUUGUCAGUACUAUGUUCAUUUGUAUUCCAAGGCUUAUUAGCUUCCAGUGAUGUGUAAAUGUACAGAAAUGUAAAUAUUUUCAAAGGUAUAUUCUUUGUGCAGUCUAGUCCUUUUUUUCUUCUUCUUUUGGAAACUGCUCAAGUCACUUUCAGACUUAAGCCACCAUGCUAGUUAACACACCCAGUGCUGGUGAUAACUUGGAAUGUCAAAUGGGCCGAGGUGAGUCACAGUGCACAGUAAAACCAGACUCAUGAGCCACAUAAGCUUUGCUAGGAAAAAGGUUUCAAGCAUAUUCCCAAGUCCUAUAGCUUUGUACUGUUGCAGUGUGCAGAGAGGAAACUCACGAGAAAAAAAAUCUUCAUGACCUAAAAUAGGGGCCCAAAUGUUGGGCCCAAUUCCACAAAUACUGUAAAUUUGUUUAAAGCUUCAAUCCUGAGUGAUGUUGACAGUGAAGACUGACAGUUCUGCUGGCUUAGUAUAUCAGUGUAGCUGCCAUAUUGUGGAAAGUUCCAUUUCACUACCAGUAUCCACUGUCAGAGGAUAUUGUCUGCCUGUAAAUAGAAAAUGAACUUUGAAGGCAGAGCUGUUUUGUCAAUAUUUUUUUUAUAUUAAAAAAAUCAUGUUUCCCCUGCCAGAUAAUUUCUGUAGGAGACAUUGGAUUUGAAGGUGCUUGACACUUCAUGUUACCUAUCCUGGGAGUAUUUCAUAAAACAACUGAGAUGCUUAAAAUGGUAUUUACAAUGCUGUUCUCACACCAAUGGUGUGUGGUAUGGGCUUGAUAGGUGAUGGCCACUAAACUGUGGAAAUAUGCAACUGGUCAUCUCCUACAUAUGUAAAAUUACUGGAUAAAUAAUGCCAAAGUUGUUUUUCAUCGAGUUCUACAAAAAUAAAUGUUAGCCCAUGAACUGUCAGACUAAUGUCUAGCAAGUGGGUCUCCUUUCACGGUAACAAAAAAAAAUGAACUUUGUGCUAUUCAAGUCACAACCUUGUGUCCUUCUGUGAAGAAGGGCUUAAACCGGGUGGAGGUGCCGCACCAUUUUGGAGGACAGAAGUGAUUUCAGAGCAAUGUUAUUCUGUUACACCCCUACUUUAAAGAUUUCAGUUUAUGUUGUAUUUCAUCCCAUUAAAAAAAAUUGUAGCUACAUAAAGGGAGUUUAGUUUUGUUCCAGUAGUGGAUUUUCAGGAAAAAGCAGCACCCAUUGUUGCUGGCAAAACGUCUGCAAGCAGAUGCAUAUACAAGCAGAUCUCUGGUAUGCAUCAAGCUCCUGGUAUGUCAAUUCAGGUAGUUUAGCCACCCAUGCAAUAGGAAUGUUGUACAUUGACUCUGGGAAAAAACCCACCUCUGUAAAGGGAGCUCCAUGCCUGCAGUAAUAUUCCCAAGAGUUUGCCGCUGGAUUAGGAAGUCUUGGAUCUGAGAUUUUGAUACUUGGUUAUUAAAGAAGAGUAGAUAUAAAUGAAUCAAAAUUAUUUAGCACUUAGUAGUUAAGCACUUAUAUUUUCUGACAUAGCAGUGUCACAGCUAGGAACUUCAGUUGGGCAUUAUUACUGUGUCCUGUAGAACAUUUGAUUCUCAAGGAUUUUUUUUAAUCUCACAAGGGUAUUGGGAAAGCGGGGGGGUGGGGGGGUAAAUUGUGAAGCAGCAUUCAUGCAAACUGUGCUAAAGUAUCACAAUAGAAGAACCAGAAAGAGGCCAGAUUAUAGGUUAAGUGCCUCUUGCAUGCUUAUAGGUCAUUGUUGGAUAUAACAUCUGUGGGAAGCAAGAGUGUAAAGGAAGUAGCAUUCUAAAUAUUUUAGACUGAUGCAAAAGUAUACAUGAACUUGACUUUUCUUUGAGGCUUUUGAAACUUCUCUGAAGUACCGUAUGUCCUCUUAGAAACCAAGUGUAUUGGUAGGCAUAAAUAUGGAAUCCUUUUAAAAAGAAACCCCUUGAGCUCUUCCUUAACCAAACUCAGUUUUACUGGUCUUCCAAAUUAUUGCUUUAACUUGUGGCAAAGGGAAUAAUCUUUCUUUCCAAGCAGCUGAUGUUUGUCUCCUUAUUUAAGUUUUAAACUGCAAUUGAUGGAUACCUAGCAAUUUUUAUCAGAUAGUACAACUGUGGAUAUAAAUCUGUGCUGGAAACCUACCUUAGGUUGAAGCAUAAUAUAUUCAAAAAGUUCAUUUUUUAAAUAUAUACUUGUUGAUUUUGAUUCAUUAAAAGUUAAUUACAUUAUUUAAACUUUAUUAACAAACUUCCUAUAAUGCUGCAAUUUUCCUUUUGACAGUUUAUAAUUGUGAAAACCUAAUGUCAUUUUUUUUGUAUAUUUCAUGUGUUCUUUGUCUAAUCUAAACUCACCUUCACUAAUAGUGUUUUUGGUUGUACCACUUAGAAUAAAGACCAAAAGAUGCUGUUUGCUUUUGAGACUGAACAUAUGGACAUUUUCAGAAAUCUAUAUUCUACCAUGUGUGGACAUUUCCUCCUUAUUAGAGGAAGGCUAAAGAAAAAGGAUGUUACAGUGUAUCACUUUCACAAGGACAUUUUAUUGGUCAAUUUUUCAAUAAAAUCCUCAAUUUUAAGUGC